UUGAAGAAAUUCAUUAAAAGCAGAAGAAAGUCAAACAGUGUGAAACAGUGAAGUGGUGCUCUCUCAGCUUUGGGUCGCUCCAGAUCCACUGCUGCUUUAACCCAGAUGGCUGCUGGUCAGGAGGCUGGGAGACAGUGUGGAGACCACAUUCAGAAAGCACUGUCAACCCCGACCCGGCCUGGCUAUAUCUGUCCUGUGCCUUCUGAGUCGACUCAAAGGAAGAGGAAGAGACAGAGCUCGGAGGAUGAAGAUCCCAGACCCACCAAACGCUCUGCUGAAGAUGCGUAUAUAAAGGGCCCAAUGCUGGGUCAAGGUGGAUUCGGCUCUGUGUUUGCUGGGACCCGCAGCUCUGAUGGAUUGCCAGUGGCCAUCAAGUACGUGACUAAAGACGAGGAGCACGAGGACGUGGAAGUUGUAAGUUCAGUCACAUGUAGGGUUUGA